CUCUCUCUCUCUCCGACACACACACACACACACACACACACACACAAACAAACACGCGUGCGCGCGCAGACGACCACCUGCACAGAGCCGGUGAAUCACGCCGACGCCGCUUCACUUCGCUCUCCAAUCUCUCAUCCAUCCUGACAGUCAGAUCGCCUCCAUUUUAAUCAGGAGACUGUCCGCGGUGGAAAGAGGAUUCAUUGUCAUCUUCUGCAGCGUUUCGAUUAAUAUUUCACAAUUUCCUUUUCGCUCAGAGUGGAUUGGCUGGCUCUAUUUUGUUUCCUGGAGGUGAAAUGAUGCUGAAGUGAUGUUGCUUCGCUGUUCCCACCCGCUGUAGACUAACAUCACCAACAUCAUCAUCAUCAGCAUCAUCAUCAGCAUCAUCAUCAGCAUCAUCAUCAGCAUCAGCAUCAUCAUCGCCGGUGUGAGUCUGAUCUAAGAGCCCAACAUGAGAGAUUUGGACUAACAAUCCGGCAAGACUGUUUAAGAUCUCAAGUGUUUAAAACGUUGAUGUUAACGUGCUGGAGAACGCCUCGGUGGCAGAAAUCAAACAAAGGCACAAAUGAAACUCUGCGACUGAGAAUAAGGCACCGAGAAUCAUUGUUACUUCACACAAAUUCACUUAUUACUUACACACACACACACAAUGGCACUGGACAACACCGGCUUCUCCUCGUGCCCUGAAUCCCUGUCCCUCCCAGUUCCAGAGAAAGGGGAGGAGUCUGUGGAGGAGGCCCCAAAGGAUGCUCCGCCCACCGAUGUACAGAACACAUUUGAGGAGCUGGGGCACGUUGUAACCACGGAGACAGCCCCGCCCACACAGCCACAGACCAAUAACAACAUGUCCUUCCAGGCCAAGAUGGCUGCGAGGGAGGCGCAAGCCAAUCAGUCCAGGAAGAAACUUCAGGGGGUGGGGCAAGAGAGGGGCAAGUUUGGAUGGGGACGCAGCAGGCGUAAGAGGCAGCGCUACGUGGAGAAGAACGGCCGCUGUAAUGUGCAGCACGGUAACAUGCGCAAGACAUACCGCUACCUGACGGAUAUCUUCACCACUCUGGUGGAUCUGAACUGGCGCUGCUCUCUGCUGGUCUUUGUCAUGGCAUAUGCAGUCACCUCAAUAUGGUACCUGAUUGCAUACUGCAGGGGUGAUCUGGAUCAUUUGGAGGACGAGGCGUGGACUCCAUGUGUGAAUAAUAUUAAUGGAUUCAUCUCUGCGUUUCUUUUCUCCAUUGAAACGGAGACAACCAUUGGCUAUGGUCACCGUGUCAUCACUGACCAGUGUCCAGUGGGCACCAUGUUACUCCUGCUACAGGCCAUACUGGGAUCUAUGGUCAAUGCAUUCAUGGUUGGUUGCAUGUUUGUGAAGAUCUCCCAGCCGAAUAAGCGUGCCGAAACAUUGGUGUUCUCUCGUAAUGCUGUCAUCUCAUUGCGGGAUGACAAGCUCUGUUUGAUGUUUCGUGUCGGGGACUUGAGAUCCUCCCACAUUGUGGGCGCCAACAUGAGAGCCAAACUUAUCAAAUCCAAACAGACACAGGAGGGUGAGUUUAUUCCACUGGAUCAGACGGAUAUCAGUGUGGGUUUCGAGACGGGGGACGAUCGUCUCUUCCUGGUGUCUCCGUUGGUGAUCUCUCACGAGAUCGAUGUCCGCUCUCCGUUCUGGGACAUGUCACAAGGUCAGCUGGAGAAAGAGGACUUUGAGAUUGUGGUCAUCUUGGAGGGGAUGGUAGAAGCUACAGGAAUGACGUGUCAGGCGCGGAGCUCUUACCUGGCUGAGGAGGUGUUGUGGGGUCACAGGUUCAGUCCCAUGAUGUCGCUGGCCGAGGGAUUUUUUGACGUGGAUUAUGGGGCUUUUCACCACACAUUUGAGGUGAACACGCCCUCCUGUUCUGCGAGAGAGCUGGCAUUGGCUACCGCCCGUUUGGACGCUCAUCUCUAUUGGUCGAUUUCCAGUCGGCUUGAUGAAGAGAAAUGGGAGGGGCCUAAUCUGACUGAGCAAACGGGGAAGUCCACCGAUUCAGAAUCUGUCAGGGAGGGAGACAGGCCAACAUUUACUGUGGGCGGAGUUACAAGUACCCAGGACCAAUCGGUUGUGGGAGAGCAGAACGGCAGUGUGACCACUGACCAAUCAGAGUCUGAGGCUUAAAAGGAUGCAAGAAUGUAAAAAGGCCAUUUUUGACAACCAGGGAUGUCUUAAACCAGCUGGUACAGGUCUCUUCCCAUGCUGGUCCAGACUGGUUUGUGGGUGAUCUUUCUGGUGAAACUGGUUAAGUUAGUCAAGAAGUUUGGUCCAAUAGGUUUUUUAUUAUAGAAUGAGCUGUACAAGGGAAACAAGCUUGACAAAAAUAAGAAGACCGGUGUUAUCCAUAGGCAUACAACAAAUACAUACAAUCAAAAUAAACCUAACAAAGAAAAUGGGAUAUUAAUAAAAUGGCAACAUUGCCGAAUAAACAGGUUUUUUUUUAACAGUCACAGAAAUGUUUGAUUUAAAGGGAACAGUUGCAGUUGUAAUUUUGAAAAGACUUUUAAUAAGAAAUAGAUUUUGAAAUGUAAGAGUUUUAUGUCAAAGGCUGAGUUUUAUAUUUUUUUCUCAAGGUCUCUUUAAUGGCAAAAGUGUUUAACAUAGAAUUGUAGAUAUAAUUCGAAAGUAUUUCUAGUUCUCUUAGUUUCCUUUGGGACAGUUGUGUUUAAUUCUUGCGGUUUGGAAUUGUGAUACUUAAGGACAUUGGACACAGAGUCUGAAAUUUUUGCACAUAAAACCUCACAAUGUUUCAUGUUUACACACUGCCUCCGAAAAUGUAGUCCAUCAUAAAAAAAUUUGGAUCAGGUUCGAUGUUCUGCGUUUUUGCAUCUGUAGCAAGCAUUUUUAUAGGAAAGGACGACGAAUACGAAAAAAAGAAAAAAAAAGAAAAGAAAAAACGCAUAUGAAAAUUUCAGACUCUGUGUGCAAGGACCUUUAGUCCUACUUUAAUAUUAUUCAUCAUAUGCUGAAGAAACCGGAGUGAUCCUAGAUCUAUUUCAUGUUAAUUUUAGACAAUUAUGCUGGAAACCUUCGAUUUACGUAAUUUAGACAGCACUGUCAUGAGUGAUGCACUGGUGUGUGUUUGUGUAGAGUAAUGUGUGUAUGUUACAUAGAACAGUCAAUCUGGACCUUUAUUAUUAAUGAAAGCUUUCAAUCUAUCAUUAUAAAAACUCAAUUCACUUCAAUUCAAUUUUAGUAUACUCACCUCAGAAGGGUAAAUGUUCGGAAGAGUUUGAAUGAAUCCACUCAGUAAUAUUUUCCUUAUUCUGGUGUUGAAGUUCUCACUUCUUAGUGCCAUAGAAAAGAUUU